CCAGCAUUCGCCGGUGCGCAACGAUUCGAAGGUGAGUUCUACAUCUGCUCCUUCGCCAUCAUAUUGCGUCCACACAGCCUGUGCUAUCGUGCAAUGCAGACAACUUGCUCCCGUCCUGUCGCCGAGUAUCAAGCUCCCGGCGUCGAGGACGCCGAUCUGCGUUCAAAUAACUAGACUACCGUGCGAGCUUCCUCAUUGACAUCGUGGAGGAGGCCCUCACCGCGUAUGAACAUUCACCAUGGCGACAGCCAUCCGACCACACAAGUCUUUCGCUGCUACACUCCCCGCCCGCCCGCGCUACAUCACCAUCUACCACCCAGGCUGCAACCCCGAGCCGCACAUUCUUUUCCGCUUCCCCACCUACGACCCCGCCCCCGCCCCUCACCUCUCGGGCUGCAGCCACCGCCUCGUCCUCGACGCCUGCCACAUCAUCUCGAACAACCACGACGGCUUCCUCUCCGCUACCCCGGACGGCUGCGCCCGUGUCUUGGAGAGCGAGCCGACGCUCACCGCCGACGUCUAAUACUACUUCCUCCUCGGCGACCACGACCCCGACUACGCCGUCGUCUCCGACUUCGCCACCUGGCGCUUCCCCGACGUGCUCCCCGC